CGUGCAACAUGGAUGACGAAUGCUUAGUGGGUGGAGGAAAUGCGGCAAAACGCAGGAAAAUAGAUGCAGAUGAUGACGAUGAUGACGACGAUGAUGUAAGCAUUUUGAGUCAUGGAGGUCAUGUUAAAGAGGUUGAUGUUGGAAUCACAGAAUACGUCAAUAAUUCUGACAGAUUCUCAGGAAUUAUCAAGCAAAGAUAUUCUGAUUUCAAUGUUUAUGAAAUUGACACGAACCAUGCAGUCAUCCAUAUGACAAACACAACACCCGUUGAAGAAAACGAUCAACCCAUUGUUCAGCAUGAUUUACUAAGUGAAACAGACAGACUCAAAUUGAGACAAGUAGCUGACAAUGACAGCAACACAGAAUCCAUACAAAUUAAGGUUUGUGAGGAUAAGGCUGCUCGUACUGCUUUCCAUGUACUCAUCAAAGUCGAGUUUCCUCAGCUGGAAAGUUUUACACAAACCACAGAUGACGGCCAGAAAAUCAUUUGUGUACGAAAACAAACAAAAUCGCAGCAACGCCGUCGUGGUUGGUGGCCUUCUUAUCGAGGUGACUACACUCACUUUGUUCUGUACAAAGAGAAUAAAGACACAGGAGAUGCAGUGGGUCUUCUCUCAAAAUUUUUGAAUGUAAAAGCAUCAAACUUUGCAUAUGCAGGCAACAAAGACAGACGAGCGAUCACAGUUCAGAGAAUUUCUGUUUAUCGGGUGACAGCAGACAAAUUGUCUCAAUUGAACAAAAUUUUGAGAAAUAUGAGAGUUGGGAAUUUUACAUACGAGAAAGAGCCUCUUCGUCUUGGGCAACUUUGGGGCAAUAGAUUUUGCAUUGUUCUCAGAAAUGUUGCUGGUGAUUGUGACUGCAGAGAGCGGAGUCUCCAAUCACUAAGAGACAAAGGAUUUAUUAACUACUUUGGAAUGCAGCGAUUUGGCACUUACAGCAUUCCAACGUACGAAGUUGGAAAAGCAUUGCUACACAGUAAUUGGGCUACAGCUAUUGAUCUCAUUCUCAAUCUGAAAGCUCAUGAAGUAGAUGUCAGUACUGCUCACCAACUGUGGGCAGAGACAAAAGACGCGACAAGAACGCUAACAAAGAUGCCACAACGCUGUACUAUUGCUCGACAGCUGUUGAAAGGAAUACAAAAACACGGUCUCAGAGAUGCUUGCAAUGCACUCAGUUUUAUCCCACGUAAUACACGUAUGAUGUAUGUGCACAGUUAUCAGAGUUUAGUGUGGAAUAGAGUGGUUAGCAGGCGUGUUCAGAGAUUUGGACUCAAACCUGUUGUUGGAGAUUUGGUCAUUAAAGCAAAUUUGACAUCAGCUGAUACAGUGAGACAGAAAGUUGAACGAAGAGUUGAAGUGGAACUGUUAACAGAGAAAACAAUAGACAAUUACAGCAUUCAUGAUGUUGUACUUCCUUUGCCAGGAUUUGAUGUAACAUUUCCUAGUUAUGAAAGCAGCUCAUGGUAUGAAGAGAUUCUUACUGGUGAUGACAUUACUCUGCAAAUGCUCAACCACAGAGUCAAAGAUUAUGCAUUGUCAGGGUCAUACAGAAAGAUUGUGAUGAAGCCUGUGGAUAUGACAUGGGAUGUGUUGUCAUAUGAUGACAAGACAAUUCCUCUCACUGUCACGGAUCUCGACAGGCUGGAAGGAAAGUCUCUUGUACUCGACACAAAAGGAGGCAAACUGGCUGCAGUUCGCUUGGAAUUCUCUCUUCCAUCGUCGUGUUAUGCCACAAUGGCACUACGAGAAGUAACCAAAACUGACACAUCGGCAGCAUUUCAAACAACACUCAAUGACUGAGAUUAGUAACAACAUAGAAAGUGUGCUACUGGCUGGUACAAAAGUGAUUACUAAAAUUAAAAGUAUGAAAAUGAUUGACAAAAGUAGUCACGUGAUUCAAGUAGUCACGUGAC